AUGGCGAGGCGGCCACGGUGGCAGGGUCUCGGGGGAUCGUCGACCCCGAUACUCCUGCUCCUUCUCCUCGUCUCUUUGUUCCCCCUCAGCCUGGAGGAGCUGGGGGGCGGCUGGGACCCCGCUGUUGCGACGGGGCCAGGGGCGCAGCAGAUCGGUGGCGAAGCCUUAGCUCUUUGUCCCGAACCGCCUCACGCCCGGGAGGAUGGAGAGCCUGGCCUAGAAGUGCCGGAGUCUGUCUUCAUGGGGCUCCGAGCCGGGCGGCGAAACAUCCGGAACGGCGGAGGUGCCCCCGAGCUGCAACCCGCCCAGCCCGAGGUCCCGGCAGCGCACAGCCGAGAGCCAGGGGCAGGACGGGGGCCGGGGGCUCCGGCAUGCUGGCACCCAGAGGUGUCUUCCUGCGGGUGGCCCGGGCCUAGGCGGAGAGGCAGUGUGUCGCCAGAGGCUCUGCCCCCAGGGGGGACGGGACUGGGGGACAUGUCUCCCCUCCCAUCAGACCUUCCGGCUCCAUCCGAUGACCCCGAGUCAGGGUCCUCUCGGCCACCCUCGAGGCGAGGAAUCGGCCAAACAGUGGAGCCCUCCCGCUGCUGCAGGGAACCGUGGGCCCCAGGACCCCAAGGGCAGGGCGGACAAGCCGCGGGAAGAACAGCCCUUCGGCGGGAUUGUCUCCCCGGCGGCGGCGGCGGCGGCGUGGCCUCCGGUCCCGGGUGGGAUUCAGCACCUCGGGCGGUGAGGAGAGCUCCUCCGCCCGCUUCAGCACCCCACGAGUCGCGGACAGCUCCCCGGCGGGUUUCGGAGCGCAUGCGCUUCCGCGGUCUCUUCCGCCUCCGCCGCCGCCGGCGCCGCCGCCGCCGCCACCACCAUCACCAUCACCAUCAUCUCCGCCGCCUCCUCCCGCAGCCGAUGCGCGGCCCUGGCGGCCCCGCGGUGCCCGAAACCCGACGGCGGCGGAUGGCCUCCGAGGAGCGGCCGCGCCCCCGUCGCGCCGCCAACCGUCACCCCCAGUUUCCGCAGUACAACUAUCAGACCUCGGUCCCCGAGAACGAGGCGGCGGGCACGUCGGUGCUGCGCGUGGCGGCCCAGGACCCGGAUCCCGGCGAGGCCGGGCGUCUGGUGUACUCGCUGGCGGCGCUCAUGAACAGCCGCUCGCUGGAGCUGUUCAGCAUCGACCCGCACAGCGGCCUCAUCCGGACCGCGGCCGAGCUGGAUCGCGAGAGCAUGGAGCGCCAUUACCUGCGGGUGACGGCGCAGGACCACGGCUCCCCCCGCCUCUCGGCCACCACGAUGGUCGCCGUGACCGUGGCCGAUCGCAACGACCACGCGCCCGUGUUCGAACAGGCCCAGUACCGGGAGACGCUGCGCGAGAACGUGGAGGAAGGCUACCCCAUCCUGCAGCUGCGGGCCACGGACGGCGACGCGCCCCCCAACGCCAACCUGCGCUACCGCUUCGUGGGGCCGCCGGCCGCGCGGGGCGCCACGGCCUUCGAGAUCGACCCGCGUUCCGGCCUCAUCAGCACCAGCGGCCGCGUGGACCGGGAGCACGCGGAGAGCUACGAGCUGGUGGUGGAAGCCAGCGAUCAGGGGCAGGAGCCGGGACCCCGCUCGGCCACCGUGCGGGUCCACAUCACGGUGCUGGACGAGAACGACAACGCGCCCCAGUUCAGCGAGAAGCGCUACGUGGCGCAGGUGCGCGAGGACGUGCGCCCGCACACGCCGGUGCUGCGGGUGUCCGCCGCCGACCGCGACAAGGACGCCAACGGCCUGGUCCACUACAACAUCAUCAGCGGCAACAGCCGCGGCCGCUUCGCCAUCGACGGCCUCACCGGCGAGAUCCAGGUGGUGGCGCCGCUCGACUUCGAGGCGGAGAGGGAGUACGCCCUGCGCAUCCGGGCGCAGGACGCGGGCCGGCCCCCGCUGUCCAACAACACGGGCCUGGCCAGCAUCCAGGUGGUGGACGUGAACGAUCACGCUCCCAUCUUCGUGAGCACGCCCUUCCAGGUGUCGGUGCUGGAGAACGCGCCCCUGGGCCACUCGGUCAUCCACAUCCAGGCGGUGGAUGCGGACCACGGGGAGAACGCCAGAUUGGAGUACUCCCUGACCGGGGUGGCGGCCGACACGCCCUUCGUGAUCAACAGCGCCACCGGCUGGGUGUCGGUGAGCGGGCCCCUGGACCGCGAGUCGGUGGAGCAUUACUUCUUCGGGGUGGAGGCCCGGGAUCAUGGCGCCCCGCCCCUGUCCGCCUCGGCCAGCGUCACCGUGACGGUGCUGGACGUGAACGACAAUCGGCCCGAGUUCACCACGAAAGAGCAUCACCUGCGGCUGAACGAGGACGCGGCCGUGGGCACCAGCGUGGUCAGCGUGACGGCGGUGGACCGCGACGCCAACAGCGCCAUCAGCUACCAGAUCACGGGUGGCAACACCCGGAACCGCUUCGCCAUCAGCACCCAGGGCGGGGUGGGCCUCGUCACGCUGGCCCUGCCGUUGGAUUACAAGCAGGAACGCUACUUCAAGCUGGUGCUCACCGCCUCCGACCGGGCCCUCCACGACCACUGCUACGUCCACCUCAACAUCACCGACGCCAACACGCACCGGCCCGUCUUCCAGAGCGCUCACUAUUCGGUGAGCAUGAACGAGGACCGGCCGGUGGGGAGCACCGUGGUGGUCAUCAGCGCCUCCGACGACGACGUGGGGGAGAAUGCCCGGAUCACCUACCUUCUAGAAGACAACCUGCCUCAGUUCCGGAUAGAUGCAGACUCCGGGGCCAUUACCUUACAGGCCCCCCUGGACUACGAGGACCAAGUGACCUAUACCCUGGCCAUUACUGCCCGAGACAACGGUAUCCCACAGAAAGCAGACACCACUUACGUGGAGGUGAUGGUCAAUGAUGUCAAUGACAACGCGCCACAGUUCGUGGCCUCCCACUACACCGGGCUGGUCUCCGAGGAUGCGCCACCUUUCACUAGUGUCCUCCAGAUCUCAGCCACCGACCGGGAUGCCCACGCCAACGGCCGGGUUCAGUAUACUUUCCAGAAUGGGGAAGAUGGUGAUGGGGAUUUUACCAUCGAGCCCACCUCCGGAAUUGUCCGGACGGUCAGGCGGCUGGACCGAGAGGCAGUGCCCGUGUACGAGCUCACUGCCUACGCGGUGGACCGUGGUGUGCCCCCGCUACGGACGCCGGUGAGUAUCCAGGUGACUGUCCAAGACGUGAAUGACAACGCACCCGUCUUCCCAGCCGAAGAGUUUGUAGUGCGAGUGAAGGAGAACAGCAUUGUGGGCUCAGUGGUGGCUCAGAUCACCGCGGUAGACCCGGAUGAAGGCCCCAACGCCCACAUAAUGUACCAGAUCGUGGAAGGGAACAUCCCCGAGCUGUUCCAAAUGGACAUCUUCUCUGGAGAGCUGACAGCACUCAUUGAUCUAGAUUAUGAGGCCCGCCAGGAGUAUGUGAUUGUGGUCCAAGCCACCUCUUCUCCCUUAGUCAGCAGAGCCACUGUGCACGUCCACCUCGUUGACCAGAAUGACAACAGUCCCGUGCUCAACAACUUCCAGAUCCUCUUCAACAACUAUGUGUCCAAUCGCUCAGACACCUUCCCCUCAGGAAUCAUCGGCCGCAUCCCAGCUUAUGACCCGGAUGUUUCUGAUCAUCUCUUCUAUUCCUUCGAGCGUGGCAAUGAAUUGCAGUUGCUGGUUGUCAACCAGACCAGCGGGGAGCUUCGACUCAGCCGAAAGCUAGACAACAACCGCCCACUGGUGGCCUCCAUGUUGGUGACGGUCACAGAUGGCUUGCACAGCGUGACAGCGCAGUGCGUGCUGCGUGUGGUUAUCAUCACCGAGGAGCUGCUGGCUAACAGCCUGACGGUGCGCCUGGAGAACAUGUGGCAGGAGCGCUUCCUGUCACCCCUGCUGGGCCACUUCCUUGAGGGCGUGGCCGCGGUGCUGGCCACGCCCACCGAGGACGUCUUCAUUUUCAACAUCCAGAACGACACGGACGUGGGAGGCACCGUGCUCAACGUGAGCUUCUCGGCGCUGGCACCUCGUGGGGCCGGGGCGGGCGCGGCAGGGCCGUGGUUCAGCUCCGAGGAGCUGCAGGAGCAGCUGUACGUGCGCCGGGCCGCCCUGGCCGCGCGCUCGCUGCUCGACGUGUUACCCUUCGACGACAACGUGUGCCUGCGGGAGCCCUGCGAGAACUACAUGAAGUGCGUGUCCGUGCUCCGGUUUGACUCCUCGGCGCCUUUCCUGGCCUCUGCCUCCACGCUCUUCCGACCCAUCCAGCCCAUCGCCGGCCUGCGCUGCCGCUGCCCGCCCGGCUUCACCGGCGACUUCUGCGAGACGGAGCUGGACCUCUGCUACUCCAACCCGUGUCGCAACGGAGGCGCCUGUGCGCGGCGCGAAGGGGGCUACACGUGCGUCUGCCGCCCGCGCUUCACAGGGGAAGACUGCGAGCUGGACACGGAGGCCGGCCGCUGCGUGGCGGGCGUCUGCCGCAACGGGGGCACCUGCACCAACGCGCCCAACGGCGGCUUCCGCUGCCAGUGCCCCGCGGGCGGCGCCUUCGAGGGCCCGCGCUGUGAGGUGGCCGCUCGCUCCUUCCCGGCCAGCUCCUUCGUCAUGUUCCGCGGCCUGCGACAGCGCUUCCACCUCACGCUGUCCCUCUCGUUUGCCACCGUGCAGCCCAGCGGGCUGCUGUUCUACAAUGGGCGUCUGAACGAGAAGCACGACUUUCUGGCCUUGGAACUUGUGGCUGGCCAAGUACGGCUCACGUAUUCCACGGGUGAAUCGAACACAGUGGUCAGCCCCACAGUUCCAGGGGGCCUGAGUGAUGGGCAGUGGCACACAGUACAUCUGAGAUACUACAACAAGCCCCGGACAGAUGCCCUAGGGGGUGCUCAGGGCCCUUCCAAGGACAAGGUGGCUGUGUUGAGCGUGGAUGACUGCAAUGUGGCUGUGGCUCUGCAGUUUGGUGCCGAGAUUGGCAACUAUUCAUGUGCGGCUGCUGGUGUACAAACAAGCUCCAAGAAGUCCCUGGACCUGACGGGCCCUCUGCUUCUGGGGGGUGUCCCCAACCUCCCGGAGAACUUUCCCGUGUCCCACAAGGACUUCAUUGGCUGCAUGCGAGACCUGCACAUCGACGGCCGCCGAGUGGACAUGGCGUCCUUCGUCGCAAACAAUGGCACAGUAGCAGGCUGCCAGGCCAAGCUGCACUUUUGUGACUCAGGUCCCUGCAAGAACAGUGGCAUCUGCUCAGAGCGCUGGGGUGGCUUCAACUGUGACUGCCCUGUGGGCUUUGGUGGCAAAGAUUGUCGGCUCACCAUGGCCCAUCCUUACCAUUUCCAUGGCAACGGCACACUGAGUUGGGACUUUGGAAAUGACAUGGCUGUGUCUGUGCCGUGGUACCUGGGGCUGGCAUUUCGGACACGGGCAACACAGGGGGUCCUGAUGCAAGUGCAGGUUGGGCCACACAGCACGCUCCUCUGCCAGGUAGAUCAGGGGUUGUUGUCCAUAACAGUAACCAGAGGCUCAGGCCGGGCUGCCCACCUCCUGCUGGAUCAGAUGACUGUCAGUGAUGGCCGAUGGCAUGAUCUGAGACUGGAACUGCAGGAGGAGCCAGGUGGCCGGAGGGGCCAUCAUGUCUUCCUGGUCUCCUUGGACUUCAGCCUCUUCCAGGACACCAUGGCUGUGGGGAGUGAGCUUCAGGGCCUGAAGGUAAAGCAACUCCAUGUGGGCGGCCUGCCCCCCAGCAGUAAGGAGGAGGUUCCUCAGGGUCUGGUCGGCUGCGUCCAGGGGCUGUGGCUCGGCUCAACACCUUUGGGGUCCCCAACCCUGCUACCUCCCACCCACCGAGUGAAUGUGGAGCCGGGCUGUGUCGUGACCAACGCCUGCGCAUCGGGACCCUGUCCACCUCAUGCUGACUGCCUUGACCUCUGGCAGACCUUUUCCUGCACCUGCUGGCCAGGUUACUAUGGCCCGGGAUGUGUGGAUGUGUGUCUCUUGAACCCAUGUCAGAAUCAGGGGUCCUGCCGGCACCUCCCAGGGGCUCCCCAUGGCUAUACCUGUGACUGUGUAACUGGCUAUUUUGGUCACCACUGUGAACACAGGAUGGACCAGCAGUGUCCUCGGGGAUGGUGGGGGACCCCAAACUGUGGGCCCUGCAACUGUGAUGUCCACAAGGGUUUUGACCCCAACUGCAACAAGACGAAUGGGCAGUGUCACUGCAAGGAGUUCCAUUACCGACCUCGGGGCAGCGACUCCUGCCUCCCAUGUGACUGCUACCCGGUGGGUUCCACCUCGCGCUCCUGUGCACCCCACAGUGGCCAGUGUCCCUGUCGCCCAGGAGCCCUUGGCCGCCAGUGUAACAGCUGUGACAGUCCUUUUGCAGAAGUGACGGCCAGCGGCUGCCGAGUGCUCUACGAUGCCUGCCCCAAGUCCCUGAGAUCUGGUGUGUGGUGGCCUCAGACCAAAUUCGGUGUCUUGGCAACAGUGCCUUGUCCCCGGGGGGCCCUGGGAAUGCGGGGUGCAGGUGCUGCUGUGCGGUUGUGUGAUGAAGACCACGGAUGGCUGGAGCCCGACCUUUUCAACUGUACGUCCCCUGCCUUUCGAGAACUCAGCCUGCUGCUGGAUGGUCUAGAGCUGAACAAGACGGCACUAGAUACGGUGGAGGCCAAGAAGCUAGCUCAGAGACUACGUGAAGUGACUGGCCAGGCCGACUACUACUUUAGUCAAGAUGUCCGCGUCACUGCCCGCCUGCUGGCUUAUUUGCUGGCCUUUGAAAGCCGUCAACGAGGAUUUGGCCUGACAGCCACACAAGAUGCCCACUUCAAUGAGAAUCUACUGUGGGCUGGCUCUGCACUGCUUGCUCCAGAGACCGAGGACUUGUGGGCAGCCCUGGGGCAGCGGGCCCCCGGGGCCUCCCCUGGCAGCGCAGGCCUGGUACAACAUCUGGAGGAAUACGCAGCCACGCUGGCGAGGAACAUGGAACUCACUUACCUGAAUCCCGUGGGGCUGGUGACACCCAAUAUCAUGCUCAGUAUCGACCGCAUGGAACACCCUAGUUCUGCACAGAGUACCCAUCGCUACCCUCGUUACCACAGCAACCUUUUUCGGGGCCAGGAUGCCUGGGAUCCUCAUACCCAUGUGUUACUGCCUUCCCAAACUCCACGGCCAUCCCCAUCCCAAGUUCUUCCCACAGGAAGCAGCACAGAAAACUCCAGUGUCUCCAGUGUGGUUCCCCCACCGGUUCCCCCAGAACCCGAACCGGAACUCGGCAUCUCCAUUGUCAUCCUCCUCGUGUACCGCACCUUGGGGGGUCUGCUCCCUGCCCAGUUCCAGGCUGAGCGCCGAGGUGCCAGGCUGCCCCAAAACCCUGUAAUGAACUCUCCGGUGGUCAGCGUGGCUGUGUUCCAUGGACGCAACUUCUUAAGGGGUGUCCUGGAGUCCCCCAUCAGCCUUGAGUUCCGCCUGCUACAGACAGCUAAUAGGAGCAAGGCGAUCUGCGUGCAGUGGGACCCACCUGGCCCGGAAGAGCAGCAUGGCAUGUGGACAGCGCGGGACUGUGAGCUGGUGCACAGGAACGGGUCCCAUGCCUGGUGUCGCUGCAGCCGGACAGGCACCUUCGGGAUUCUCAUGGAUGCCUCUCCACGUGAGCGGCUGGAGGGCGACCUGGAAUUGCUGGCUAUAUUUACGCAUGUGAUCAUAGCCAUGUCAGUGGCUGCCCUGGUGCUGACAGCAGCCCUCCUACUGAGCUUGCGCAGCCUCAAGUCCAAUGUGUGUGGGAUCCAUGCCAAUGUUGCAGCAGCCUUGGGGGUGGCCGAGCUCCUCUUCCUCUUAGGGAUCCACCGGACCCACAACCAGCUGGUGUGUACUGCGGUGGCCAUCCUCCUGCACUACUUCUUCCUCAGCACCUUUGCGUGGCUCCUGGUGCAGGGCCUGCACCUCUACCGCAUGCAAGUUGAGCCACGCAACGUGGACCGUGGUGCCAUGCGCUUCUACCAUGCCCUGGGCUGGGGCGUCCCCGCUGUGCUGCUGGGUCUCGCUGUUGGCCUGGACCCCGAGGGCUACGGGAACCCUGACUUUUGCUGGAUCUCUAUCCACGAACCUCUCAUCUGGAGUUUUGCCGGCCCUGUCAUCCUUGUCAUAGUGAUGAAUGGGACCAUGUUUCUCCUUGCUGCCCGCACAGCCUGUUCCACAGGGCAGAGGGAGGCGAAGAAGACCUCUGUGUUCAGGACACUGCGCAGUUCCUUUCUGCUCCUUCUGCUGGUCAGUACCUCCUGGCUCUUUGGCCUCCUGUCAGUUAACCACAGCAUCCUGGCCUUCCACUACCUCCAUGCUGGACUCUGUGGCCUCCAGGGCCUGGCCGUGUUACUGCUCUUCUGUAUCCUGAAUGCAGAUGCCCGGGCCGCCUGGACACCAGCCUGUCUAGGCAAGAAGGCAGUACCAGAAGAGCCAAGGCCAGCACCAGGGCCGGGGCCUGGGGCCUAUAACAACACGGCUCUCUUCGAGGAGAGUGGCCUCAUCCGUAUCACUCUGGGUGCCUCUACUGUCUCGUCAGUGAGCAGUGCCCGUUCUGGCCGGGCCCAGGACCAGGACAGCCAACGGGGCCGCAGCUACCUCAGGGACAAUGUCCUGGUUCGACAUGGCUCGGCUGUUGACCACACUGAACACACCAUCCAGGCUCAUGCUGGCCCCACUGACCUGGACGUGGCAAUGUUUCAUCGAGAUGCUGGAGCAGACUCUGACUCUGACAGUGACCUGUCCUUAGAAGAGGAAAGGAGUCUGUCCAUCCCAUCUUCAGAAAGCGAGGACAAUGGCCGGACACGAGGGCGCUUCCAACGUCCACUCCGCCGGGCCGCCCAGAGCGAGAGGCUCCUUAGCCACCCCAAAGAUGUGGAUGGGAAUGACCUCCUCUCCUGCUGGCCAGCCCUGGGAGAGUGUGAAGCAAGCCCCUGUGCCCUGCAGACCUGGGGCUCUGAAAGGCGUCUGGGCCUAGACACCAGUAAAGAUGCAGCCAACAACAACCAGCCCGAGCUGGCCCUGACCAGUGGGGAUGAAACCACCCUGGGCAGAGCCCAACGCCAGAGAAAAGGCAUCCUGAAGAACCGGUUGCAAUACCCACUGAUGCCACAGACUCGAGGCGCUCCAGAGUUGUCCUGGUGCCGGGCAGCCACGUUAGGCCACCGUGCUGUGCCAGCUGCCUCUUAUGGUCGCAUCUAUGCUGGUGGGGGCACUGGCAGUCUUUCCCAGCCAGCCAGUCGCUAUUCUUCUCGAGAACAACUGGAUCUGCUCCUUCGGCGGCAGCUGAGCCGAGAACAACUAGAAGAGGCCCCUCUCCCUCGACUACAUCCCCUGAGCAGGCCUGGUUCCCAAGAACGCCUAGAUGCUGUUAUACCAUGUCGCCUCGAACCCCGAGAUCGGGGCAGUACCCUACCACGGAGGCAGCCACCCCGGGACUAUCCUGGUACCAUGGCUGGUCGCUUUGGAUCACGGGAUGCAUUGGAUUUAGGGGCACCCCGAGAAUGGUUGAGCACCUUGCCCCCACCCCGCCGUCCCCGGGACCUCGAGCCUCAGCACCCACCUCUGCCCCUCUCUCCUCAGCGGCAACUCUCGAGGGAUCCCCACUUGCCAUCCAGGCCCCUGGACACUCCGUGUAGGAGUUCAAACUCUCGAGAACCCCUGGAUCAGGGGCCUGGUCAGCAUCCCUCACGGGAGGCCCUGGGCCCCCCGCCACAGCCGCUCAGAGCUAGGGAGGAGCUGGCCAGCGGCCCCAGCCAUGGUCCUUCCACAGAGCAGCUGGACAUCCUUUCUUCCAUCCUUGCCUCUUUCAACUCCUCAGCCCUCUCGUCUGUGCAGUCAUCCAGCACGCCCUCCGGCCCACACACCACCGCCACCCCUUCCGCCACAGCCUCAGCCCUGGGACCCUCCACGCCUCGCUCUGCCACGUCACACAGUAUUUCAGAGCUGUCACCUGACUCAGAAGUUCCCAGAAGCGAGGGUCAUUCCUGAGGACCAGCCGAGGGCAAUGGAGGACUUGGGCCAACAAGAAAGAGACUCCAGGAAUCCGGGACAUGGAUCCCAAGGCAGACUCCAAGGAGCCCUCUCUCAGCUCUCACUGCAGAGCGGAGAUUCCUUGCACAUCUGCGAGCAUGCGCGUGACAGGUGCCCAGGAGGCAGGGACUAAAGGGGAGGACUUUUAUAUGUUUUGUACCUUUGUAACCAGAGAGAGAGAUGCUUAUGUUAUUUUUCAGCUUUUCUGUCUCCCAAGGGGGUGGGAAGGUGGGAGAGGAUGGGGGAAGGGAGGUGGUGGCGUCUGAGGCUGAGCUGGGACGGGGGAAGGGGACAGAGGGAGAGGGAGAAAGAUGUCGUUUGGUCCCAUUUGACUCCUUAGACCAUAUGCUCUUUUUUUUCCUCAUCUGUCACAGGCAACAGAUACAGGCCAAGUCCCCUCCCUCCUCUACCCUACCCUAAGGUUGAUCUAAAGAUUGUCAGGACCUAAAGUACAGAAUUUUAUCUUUGGUUUUCUUUUCUUUUUCUUUCCUCUUUUUUUUUUUUUCUUUUACCCUCAGUGACCUACAGACCAAACUUCUUGAACUGCGGUGGGGGUGGGGUGGGUCUUGCAAACAGGUCCUCUGAUUUCCUCUUGGGGGCUCAUUCGGGCCCAUCUUCCCUGUAGAUGUGUGUGUUUAGUAUAUGGGGUCCCUGCCACUUACUGCCUUAUGACCUAGGACAGAUGCUGCAGGUGCUUGGUGUAGCAGCAGCUGUCAUGUUUACAAAGCAAGGCUUCCCUUUCUCCCUCAGGGAGGGGGCUCAGGCCUCUCCCCACACAGCCCUGCAGACAGUGGGUGUAGGCCGAGGCAUCUGCUGCUGGCCCCUGCUCCUACCUGAGCAAAAGUUGUGGUGCCAUUUGAUUCUCUGAGGGUUGGGUGAACUAAGGGAACAGGAACAAGGGAAUUCAAGACCUAGAAUGUAGAUGCUGGGGGGCCUGGGUCUCUCAUGUUUACAGGAUACCCCCCUCCCCCAGCCUCCCAGUCCCUCUGGUCCCAGGGCUGCAGAAUCAAACUCCUUCCAUCCCUCUGUUAUUUAUUCCCUUAUAAAGGGGGAAAAAAAGGAUUGUUAGGACCUGUUCACAAAACUCACUUGUGUUACUGCUCUUUGUCUGAUGUCCAGAUCUGUGGACUUAAAAAACAAAAAAUUGUUACUUUGUUUACAGGUGGGGAUUUAUUUUUUUAUUUAUUUUUUUAACUUUGUUUACAACUUACAGCUUUUGAGCUUUUAUACUUUGUUUACAAUUGAGAAUUUUGUUGUUGGUUUUUAACUUUCCUUUGUCCACACGUGAAAGGUAGGGAAAGUGGGAGAGGGGCUUGGACCUAGCCUUUUUUUUUUUUUU